GGGUGCGAUCGGUAGAUUUUUUUGGUGCUUGUAGAAAGUUUUCGCCUACCACCCAAUCAGCACAGCACACACGGACACGAGCCAUUUCUCUACACACAGAUAGAACUCUAUCGCUUGAUUCUUUAAUUUCUCACUGCCUUUACAAUCACCGUACACCGGGCAGUCAGAGCGGAGAAGACUCCGUUUAGUGCACAAUUUACAGUUGGUUUAUGCUGUGUGUUUUGCAGCGCAUGACGACUGAAUGGUGGAACGUACGUAAAGCAAAAUAUGUUACAUUGAUUGGAACGAGGAUUGUUGUUUAAACUACAGGAGGGUGUGUGCUUAAAUUAAGAAAACAUGAAACUUCAAUUGAUGACGUUGAUGCUGGCAGCUUUCUUCGGGCGUUGUCAUCCAGCUCCAGCAUUCGGUGAUGCAUUUCAGUUGGGUACCGAGCAAAGCUACAGUUACUGGAAUGAGGUGCGAACGGGUAGUACCAGGAAUGCUUCAUCAACGGUUGGCUACAUCGUUCGGGCUACAGUUCACGUAGCCACCAUUUGGGGAAACGAUGAUUACAAACUGCUGCGGUUUAAGGUCACAAACCCCACCUUGUCAACGAUUCCAGGAGAAGUCGUUCGAAAGAGCACAUUGUCGGACAUUAGUUCGGCUCCUUUCUUCGCCCAUUGGCAUCUUGGCCAAAUUGAGAAGAUUUACGUCGACAAAGACGACGAUGUGACGCUAAUCAAUUUCAAGCGAGGGCUGGCGUCCCUGUUCCAGUAUCAGUUACUGGAUGGAAAGUACGUCGAGGUAGAUCCCUCGGGGACCUGUGACGUUUUGUAUACAUCGCAUGAUGAAACUCGCUAUCAGAAAGCUAGGAGUAACUGCCUGUUUUCUGGUGAUCGCUCUGAGCGAAGUGAAUAUCCACUACGCAGUUCGACUACAUAUUCACGGAACACGGACUUCACCGUAAAUACCGAUGGAUCGUUGGACAGAGUAAUAGCUGAGGAUUAUUUCAAGUAUUUCGUAAAUGCGUAUGAUAAUUUUGGAUCAUUUCUCGAUUCUGUUGUAAAAGUUUACUCGGAGGGAAGCACUACCAAAGUAAAUACGGUUCAAGGUAAUACGGUUGAGGAGGCCGUUGAAAAUUUUGGAUUGGUAGAGAAAUCGCUAUUGUCUGAAAAAUAUGCUCCAAAAUGUAGUGGUAAAAAUUGUGACACGUUCUCCAAACUGGUCAGAACUCAUAAAAAGAGUUUGACGGAUGACCGAAUUGGCAAACAGGAGACUUCCUCGUUGUUUCUGCAGCUGGUUAAGCUGGGUCGUGUUACGCCGACCGAACCCUUCCAACGUCUGUUGAAGGGUGAUACCAUGCAAGAGCAGCGGGGGCAAAUAUUGGAUCUAUUGGGAGCUAUCCAAACUGUUGCCGCUCAUGAAGCCGCAAAAAGUGUGCUGACCUUCGAGUCAGACGAUGAAAUGGUUUUUGCGGAACGAUAUCUGCAAGCUCUGGCAGCUGGAAGUCAGCCACAAAAGACCAUCAUCGAAGAUCUGUUAGUGCUGGCCGAAAAGAAACGAAACCCGCAAAAAUUCUACGAUACGCUGGUUCAAACCGUGGCUUCGUUAGCAAAUCGCUAUGCUAAACUACCGGGAAAUUCAUUCGAUACCGAUGUUGUGGAAAAGGUCAAGGAUUACUUGCUCAAGGAGCUUAAUUGGUGUGCGAAAGAUAAAUGCAAGCUGCAAUUCAUUCGAGGAUUACAUAAUCUCAAAUCACCGAAAACGCUGAAUGCUUUGGUUGAACUUGCACUGGAAGGUAGUGCUCAGGUCAGCGUCGCCGCUAUGAAAGCGUUGAGAUCCUUCUCCAUAUUUUUGUGGAACGACGAAUUCAGAGCCAUGUUUGAAGACAUCCUAUUCCAGGUUUCCAAGAAGUUUGACACUAGUGCUCGAGCACUUGCGUUAGAUAUUCUUUUGGAUCUAAAGCCUGAUUUUGAUGAGCUGACUCAUUUGGCGCAAUUGUUGAAGUCGAACGAUAAAGUUUACGAACUAAAGCAAUAUUUACUACAGAAGCUUCGCAUGCUGGCCGAUCGCUGUCCACACUUUGCGGAAAUGUUAAGAAAAGUAAUCCAGAAUGAUCCUAGCUUAAACAACUAUCAUGUGAUUGGUGCUAGAGGAUUGUCUACUGCUUUGAUGAGGACCUAUUCAAGCGGGCCAUCCUUCAAUGCUAGUUUAGAAUCUCUACAGGAAAUGAGUGGCGGUGUGUUAAAACGUGGCAUUGUAGAUCUUACACUAGAGGUCGGAGAGGAAAAGUUCAGCAUGUUUACACUGGGCCUUUUUGCCAGUGGUAUGUCAUCGUUUGUCAGUAACAAUGAGGACGAAAUUCUCGAGGACGAUUCGGAUACGGUAGCCGGGAUGGAGCUGACAGUUCAGGGGUCAGUUUUUAGGCCACUAGUCUUUUUCGAUGGAAAAACUGACCUUAUGCGUCACGUUUGGAGUGGAACUGCAUCGGAGCCAACACCAGCCUAUCAAGCCACGACGCUACUGCAGGAUAACGAAGAAUGGUACGCACUCCAAAAUGGGGCUGUUUUCAAGUUAAGCACGCUGGGUGCCAUUUCGAUUGAUUUGAAUGGUCAGGUGACUCUUAGCCUUUGGAGCAGAAAUGCACAGUCCAAGGUGGAACAGAACACCGCAAUCGUUGUGAGCGGUAAUGUUAAGCUGGAUACGAGCUACGUAUCGCUCGAUGUUAGUUUUGUUGCUGGCCAAGAGCCACAACUUCAUCUUACUUCGGAUUUAGACUUUGCCACGGAUCCAGCUUUGUGUAUGCAGUUGUUGCAGCCGAAUAGCAUUCUCAGUCAAACUUUCGAACGAACGGUAACUGUUCCAAUGGCGAAGUAUCGUAAAAUUAGACAGACGAAAGUAACGCACAAAAUAGCCGGUCAGACUCAUAUGUUGAAUCAGAAGAACAACGCUAUGUGCAACCUGAUAGCCAAGAGCUGAUCAACGUUGUUUGGUCUCUGGAAAUUACGGAACCAGAGCUAUUGCUAUUUUGCUUCCAAAAAUUAACGUUUAGGAACACUAGUACUGAGAGAGUUUGCUCAAAGUUUUUCGAGUUGAAUGUUAAUCUGUUAGGUUAAAUAUCAUAAACGUGAAACAGGUUAUGCAUUUUUCGACAUUCAAACUAUUGAACACUAUAGUUUAUUGUCAGAGCGUGUUGUACAGUUGAUUUGUAAAGUUGCAAAUGAUAAAUAUAUGAUGAAUCUGUUACUUUUG